UUUAUCUUCUGAUAAUAUUAAAGUCCUCAGCAAGGAAAGGUUGGAAUACGUUGCAAAAUAGUUUUUGACGUUUCUCUCUGUAUAACCAUAAGUUUCAUUUAAUGUUUACGCGAUGAUUGAAAUCGCUGCAAAGUUAAUUAGAGGACCUGUCUAUUUUUCCGGAGAAGUAGUAGAAUGUCUGGUUACUUUUACAAAUCCUCCAAAUCCGAGUCAUCAAAUAUCACAAAGUCACAGUGAUGUUUUCGCGAGUCUGGCAUGGGGAAGUGCACAGAUGCAUUGCCAAUGUUCUACAAAUGCAAAAAUGGUCCUUACGGAUAAAUUAAUCUCUCUCGCAAGACCAGCUGCUAUAAAUGCAAAUACAACAUUUAUUCCAUGGGAACUGGAUAACGGAUAUGCUGUAAUGAACACCAAACCUAAGAUCUUGUUCUGUGACCUUAGAUUAUCACCUGGCGAGAGUAAAACUUACGUUUAUCGAGAGACCAUUCCCAGUGAUGCUCCACCAUCGUACAGAGGACAGGCUGUUAAAUAUUCUUACAAAAUAUCAUUUGGUACACAGCGGAUAAACGACUCCAUUAAACUCUUGCAUGUACCUUUCAGAGUUCUCUCGCUAAGUGAGGUGCCUGAAAUAACACUAUGCAACGACAGCGUUGAUCUGAGUCCCAACAAUCCUUUCACAGAAACUCAAAACAAAGAAACGCCUGUCGACAUAGCCUUGCAAACACUUCAGAACUUAACAGCGAGACGUAGUCCUAAUUUCUACAAUGUGACAAACGUUCGAGGUCGAGUUGUCCGGUUUUGUUUAUUCAAGAAUUCAUACAAGUUGGGAGAAGAUAUCGUUGGGACAUUUGAUUUUUCAAAUGCAACUGUAUCCUGUGCUCAAGUUUCUGUUGCUUUGCAGUCCGAGGAAUAUGUAUCUGAUGAGUAUAAACGAGGCAAAUCUUCUGCGCCAAAAUUGGUCAGCUAUAACAAGCACCAUGAAGUCUGUUUGGGUCUUCGCUAUUCUCAAUUGGUGUUACCGAUACCUCUGCACGUGACACCAGACUUUACCACGGAUCUGGUUACUCUAAAAUGGCGAUUACACUUUGAAUUUGUAACAACCGUUAAAUUAAUGGAACUGCCCAACGAGCGUACGAUUGAUUGGCAAGGACCUUCUUCAAUAGACGUGGAAACAAUGAUUUGGGAUCUACCUCUUCACAUUCAUCCCACAACAACACCUCCAAACACUGCCCCACAUACGACGUGUACGUUAUCGGUAUAGUUCUAACAUAUACUCCAAAAUAAAACAUCUUUACAGUUGCUAAACAUAAAAAUAUAUUUCUUCUUUACAAACUUCACAAUUCAAUUAAAACGAAGAUUAACAAUAAAAA